GCCUCUUUUCUUUCCCGUCUUUGCCGUUUCGCCGUUCUUGCAAGAACCCAUGGUUCAAGAUUCAUGGAGGAAUAUGAAGUUCUAGCCUUCCCAUAAUUCGGUUGGACUUGGUGAUAUGUUCUUGAUGUGGGGUUAAGAUUUGAAGUAUUUGUACCUGUCAAGUUCUUGAAGAGUGUUUCAAGAUUUUCCCUUUGAGUAGGUUGUUAGAUUCAUGGCUGGGAGCUGGGAUGGAAGUUACGACCAGGGUGGUCAGUCGGAUGACAGCUACCACUUUGAGAGACUACAUAUAGAACCUAUUUAUGAUGCAUUUAUCUGCCCGUUAACGAAGCAAGUGAUGAGAGAUCCUGUGACCUUGGAAAACGGGCAAACAUUUGAGAGAGAAGCAAUUGAGAAAUGGUUCAGGGAGUGCCAGGAAAAUGGAAGAAGGCUGGUCUGCCCAUUAACGUUGAGAGAAUUAAGAAGUACAGAACUAAAUCCAAGUAUUGCUUUACGGAACACGAUUGAAGAAUGGAAUGCCAGGAACGAGGCAGCUCAGCUCGACAUGGCUCGUCGAUCCUUAACCUUGGUCAGUCCAGAAAAUGAUACCGUACAGGCUUUGAAGUUUGUCCAGCACCUUUGCCUAAAAAACCAGUCGAAUAAGCAUAUGAUUCGCAAUGCAGAGCUGAUACCCUUGAUUGUUGAUGUGCUGAAGAGUAGUAGUCGGCAAGUACGGAGCAAGGCUUUAGAAACUCUUCGAUUUGUGGUAGAGGACGACUCUGAUAAUAAGGAAAUAAUAGCCGAAGGAGACACUGUGCGCACUAUAGUCAAAUUCUUACAUCACGAGCAGUCGAAAGAGAGAGAAGAAGCUGUUUCUUUGCUGUAUGAGCUCUCUAAGUCGGAAAAGCUAUCAGAAAAGAUUGGUUCGGUCAGUGGAGCAGUUCUCAUUUUAGUAGGAAUGGCUAGCAGCAACUCAGAAAAUCUUUCAACUGUUGAAAAGGCUGAGCGAACCCUGGAAAAUCUGGCACAAUCUGAGAACAACGUAAGACAAAUGGCUGAAUGCGGCAGAUUACGGCCUCUUCUGACGCUACUGCUUGAAGGAUCUCCAGACACUAAAUUGUCCAUGGCAUCAUUCCUCGGUGAACUAGUACUGAACAAUGACGUGAAAGUCUUUGUGGCAACGACAGUUGGUUUUUCACUGAUCAAUCUCAUGAAGAGUAAUAAUAUGCCGUCCAGAGAGGCAGCUCUAAAAGCUUUGAAUCAAAUCUCAUCAGAUGAGGCAAGCGCUAAAGUCUUGAUAGAGGCAGGUAUCCUCCCGCCCCUUGUCAAGGAUCUGUUCACUGUUGGAUCCAAACAGCUGCCUAUGCGGCUGAAAGAAUUGUCAGCAACGAUUCUUGCCAAUGUUGUGAAUUCAGGUCAAGAUUUUGAUUCAAUUCCGGUUGGACCAGAUCACCAAACUCUGGUCUCGGAGGAAGUAAUUCAUAACCUUCUACAUCUUAUUAGCAACACUGGCCCUGCAAUAGAGUGCAAGCUACUCCAAGUUCUUGUUGGGCUCACCAGUUCUCCUACCACUGUAUCCAGUGUUGUUUCUGCUAUUAAAAGUUCUGGUGCUACUAUUAGUUUGGUUCAGUUUAUCGAGGCACCUCAAAGAGAUCUGAGGCUGGCUUCGAUAAAACUUCUCCAGAACCUCUCGCCACUCAUGGGUCGCGAACUGGCUAGUUGCUUGCGUGGCCCGUCUGGUCAGCUUGGCAGCCUAAUUAGAGUAAUAUCGGAAAAUGUUGGGAUAACUGAGGAGCAAGCGGCAGCUGUUGGGCUACUAGCCGAUCUCCCCGAAAGAGAUGCCGGUCUCACUAGACAGAUGCUCGAUGAAGGGGCUUUCCAGCUUUUCAUCUCUAGAAUAAUUAGAAUCCGCCAAGGGGAGACGAGAGGCAGCCGUUUUAUGACUCCUUAUUUAGAAGGGCUUGUGAAGGUUCUAUCAAGAAUUACAUUUGCCUUGUCCGAGGAGUCGGGUGCUGUUCGUGCACUUUGUCGUGAGCACAAUCUUGCGUCUCUUUUCAUAGACCUGCUACAAGUUAAUGGACUUGAUAAUGUACAGAUGGUAUCGGCCGUGGCAUUAGAGAACCUAUCGCAAGAAUCGAAAAAUUUGACCAGAUUGCCAGAGUUUCCAGCUCCUGGAUUUUGUGCCUCGAUAUUUCCAUGUUUAAGCAAGCCUCCCAUCAUCACUGGAUUAUGUAAAGUUCAUCGUGGGACGUGUUCAUUGAAGGAUACAUUCUGUCUCUUGGAAGGACAAGCAGUCGACAAGUUGGUGGCCCUUUUGGACCACACCAAUGAAAGGGUGGUUGAAGCAUCCCUUGCAGCUCUAUCAACUUUGUUAGACGAUGGGGUUGUUAUAGAGGAAGGAGUUCAGGUUUUACUAGAGGCAGAAGGAGUCAAGCCUAUACUUGAAGUGCUACUUGAGAAACGAACGGACAGCCUGAGAAGGCGUGCGGUUUGGGCAGUUGAAAGAUUAUUGAGAACUGAAGAGAUAGCCUAUGAAGUUUCAGGUGAUCCCAAUAUCAGCACAGCACUUGUAGAUGCUUUCCAACAUGGAGAUUACCGAACACGACAGAUUGCUGAACGUGCCUUGAAACAUGUCGACAAAAUACCAAAUUUCUCCGGUAUCUUUCCAAACGUGGGAUAAUCAUGAUGAGAUGGUUUACUAGACUGUUAGGGACUUGUAUUUUUUUCUUCCUCCCACUGUUUUCGUGCUUUAUAUUCAAUUAGAAGUAAAAUAGUUUGUGAAGUAAGUGUGAGGUGCAGCUACAUAAUUUCUCUCAUGUGUUGGGGGAACCUUUUUCCUUUUUCCCUUUUCUUGUUUGGUGGUCUCUGUUUUUCACAUGAAUUUCUUGUUAUAGAUGCUUCAUAAGUUGCAUCAUUUUUUUAAGUUCUUGAAGAUAAAUUCUCCCGGUUACUUUUGAUCUA